CACGUGUACACAAGAAAAAAGUGUAUAAAUUGCAGAAUCGUGCUAACCAACUGUUAUAUUUCCAGCGCAGCUCCACUAGACAGGGCGACUCAAUUUUAUCAGGAUGGUUUUGAUGACAAUGAUAGGCCGUGUUAUUGAUGGCCUACCUCUCGCAGCCUCGAUGCAAAGUGAUCAAGACAAUACCACCAAGGAUUACCAAGCACAGGCUAAAUUGUUGUUUAGAAAGCUCACAGAUCACUCACCAGCAAGAAGUAGUAUUGAAACUGGACCAAUGAUGUUUCAUUACAUUAUAGAAAAUGGGGUGUGUUUCUUGACACUAACCGAAAAGACUUUCUCAAAGAGGGCAGCUUUUAGUUUUCUUGAAGAACUAUCUUCUGAGUUUCACAGGGAAUUUGGUUCCAAAGUAGCCACAGCAACUAGACCCUACCUCUUCAUUGAGUUUGAUACAUUUAUUCAAAAGGCAAGGAAAAACUAUCAAGAUUCAAGAACAAGGAGAAAUCUAAACAGAUUAAAUGAUGAACUCCAAGAUGUACAGCGAAUCAUGGUUCAAAAUAUUGAUGACGUUCUUCAAAGAGGGGAACAACUUUCAGGUGAAUGA